AUGAUCUCUGCUCGACUGACAGAAGAGAUACGCAUGUUUACUGGCGAUUUCUUUGUGAAGCACUGCUGCGAAUUUCUCGAAAACCAAGUGAUUGACUACCUGUUUAGGACCUCUCCAGACGCACCCAUUUUCAUCGACUUAUUCGACUACAUUGAAUCUGACGAUACUUUCGCUGACGCCGAGGGUGGAGACAGGAUAUACCGACUAACGGACUUGGCUGUUGGUCACGAAGAACAGCUCAGGAAUAAGGAGUUUGCCGAUGCUUCUCACGAAUGUCCUGUCUGCUUCGAUGAGCUACCUGGCACUCAGUGUAUUCGUUUCCGAAAGUGUCGUCAUGUUGUUUGUCGUAACUGCGCAGCUGACCACUUUUCCACACAGAUUGCACAGGGUACAAACGCCUGUGAGCCUACGUGUGUUUCAUGUGCGGAGACUGUUCGCCAACAGGAGAUUCGCGCCGUCGUAACCGAAGAGCAGUACGCGUCUUAUGAACGGCGCCUUCUCAAUCGUACACUUUCAAACAUGCCCGACAUGGUCCUCUGCCCGAACCUGGCUGAAAUGGCUGUCUGCUACCAACGGGCCGGCCGGGAUGGACGAGCUCAAAUGGAAGCACAGUAUGGCAAGCCUAACCUGGAUGAGCUACUCAGAAAUCACCAGACCAAUGAAUUCAUAAAGAAGGAAUGCAAGCGCUGCCCUAAUUGCAAACUCCUCAUUCGGGUU